GCUGGUUGGCUUUUUGUCCGGCAAAUUUUUUUGGAAUACAUGGAUGGACCAGUACCUCGUGGGUGAAUGCCACAGUAAAGAAAGGAACGGAAAAAAAAGUGACCAGCACGGAGAAGGGCGUGACUUUCCGGGGAGCGUGGGUGGAGUGGCCUGUUGGCAGUCAGGGGCAGACCGUGCCGUACUACUUUGCGAACUACAACUUCACUCUUGUGGCGACGGUGUCCAUCCACAAUCUGCCGAGGGGAGAUAACCCCAUUCCAUUGAUGGGUGUGCGUCUGGAGGGUGGAGGAGAAAAAAAACUUAUGGAGUUGUCGUACGACAAAGAGGGGAAGUGGCAGGUGCUGUGCGGUGGCAAAACGACCAAGGAACUCCGCAGUAAUUGGGAGCCAGAGACAACACACCAAGUGGCCAUUGUGCUACGGAACGGAAAACAGGGCUCCGCGUACGUCGAUGGUCAGCGUGUGGGAGAUGCGUCAUGUGAAUUGAAAAACACGGAUUCGAAAGGAAUCUCCCACUUCUACAUUGGAGGGGAUGGAGGCAGCGCAGGGAGCAAAGAAGACGUGCCUGUGACCGCGACGAAUGUCCUGCUGUACAACCGCCCGUUGGAUGACAAUGAGAUCCGCGUCCUCAACGCAAACAAAAUUUCUAUUCCAAAGCUGACAGGCCUGAAAAGAGUGGCGGCAGGAGCAACGGGUGAAGGUACCGCUCGUGACGGCGGGGCACAUGGUGGCAGCACUGUUUGCGGAGGCGGACUGCUGCCGCUGCUCCUUCUGCUUGGAUUGUGGGGGAUUGCCGCUUCUUGA